AUUUAAUAAUGCAGGGUGUAAAAGAACAUAACAAUGGAAUGAUGAAUUAUAGCUGUCGAAAUGAGGAGGCGUGCUCUUUUAAUUACUGUCGAAACUGUCAGAUGCAUAUCAAAUUCUCUCGUGAAAAGACUAGGAACACUACGCUCCUUUUAUAUUUUGAGUGAGGAGUUGUAAACCCAUCUCCCUCUUUCUGCUGUUACUCUUUACUCCUUAAAUCAUGCCCCUUUAAAAUAAUAGAGGGAAAUUCUGAGGAGAGACUUUUAUAUAUGUAAACAUAAAAGGGAGUUUUCCAUGGUCCUUCUCCCUCUCUCUUUUCUUCUCUUUAUUUUUCUUUUCUUUUCCUACAAGAAACGCGUCCAUGAGUCGACACCAUUACGAAGAAGACAGUGACGGUAGUCAACACCAACAACAACAUGGACGCAAGAACACGUUCUCUUGGUCCUCCACCAGUUCCUCCAACUCCACUUUACUCUCUACUCACUCGCUAUUAGAGGAAGUAGAGGAGAUGUCAUUUUUAGCGUCGGAUUUUCGGUUUUUGGACGGCAGCAAGAAAAUGGAGCGUUUGACGGCUAUUCUGAGUCGAGCAGCGUCGCAUGGAGAUUUACUGAGGCUGAGACAGAUCAUCACGGAUACACGACUCAGCCCGUACAUUCAGCUGGAUGCAUCUGAUGAUGAAGAUGGAUCCACGCCAUUGAUUUAUGCUAGUUGUUUCGGUAAAUUGGAAGUGGUCCAAUACCUAUUACAAGCGGGAGCAAAAGUCGAUGUGCAAGACAAAAUUGGGUGGACGGCACUAAUGUGGGCUACGACAAACGGCCAUAGUCAAAUUGUGAAAUUACUAUUAGAAUCUAGUGCAUCGUCUGACACGAAAUCAAUCAGUGGCCGAACCAUUUUUGACUUGGUGGAUGUUGAAAACCAAAAGAUGGUAUCCAUUUUAUCACCUCCCGCCACGAAUAAUAACAAUAAAAAGUCGAAUUGGCGAAGAAGCUCGAUUGUGGAGAAGGAGAAAGAAAAAGAUGAAUUACAAGACCAGUUAGAAUCAUGUGAGGCUAGUUUUAGAUCAGUCCAUAAAUUUGUGUGGGACCAAUGUUUGCCGGAUCAAAUGUUUGUUUUCGCUGAAGACGAAAUAGAUCAUAUUCUGAAUGUAUCCAUCUCACAUCUCAAAUUACCCAUGAAGUCUCGCUCUGAAAUUUACGUGCCUGCAAACAUCAUCUUUUUAUGUGCUCGUUUUGCUCAUUAUUACACCUGUCGUGAACUAGUACAUCAAUUAAUCUCAAAAGCCGUCUUCAAAAUAGAUGCCGUGGUAAAGACGAAUUCACAGGAUAUACAUAUCAUGGCUUUUUGGAUAGCCAAUCUUUCACAAUUGCUAUUUUAUUUAAAAAAAGAUGUAGGUCUUGUAGCUGCUACGGCAGAAUAUCAGUUGGAAAUAUCAGAGUUAAUAUCAGAAACCUAUACAUUGUUGGUGACUGAUUCAGAAAAGAGAAUGGAUCGUAUCUUAGAGCCGUCCAUGAUUGAAUACGAACAGUUAGGAGGAUUGGAAGUAGUGGAAUUCGCAGAUGAUUGGCAACGUUUCUUUCGGCGCACACGAUUCUCAUCGUCUUCUAACCGGCGUUCCCUAGGCAACAGUAUACCAGCGCAAGUGGAGUUACCACCGCAACCUUCACGUUCUUCCUUAACACCACAAUCUGUCACAUCAUUAUUAACAUCUAUACUAUAUGUGCUUCAAUCGUAUGAUGUACAUCCAGUGAUUGUGAUUCAAGCCAUGGCACAACUUUUUCAUUUCCUAUCGUGUGAGAUGUUCAAUCGUAUUUUAUACAACAAGAAAUAUCUCUGUCGAAGUAAAGCAUUGCAGAUCCGAAUGAAUUUGACGGUGAUUGAAGAAUGGGUACGAGAAAACCAUUUACCCAGCACAUUAGGAGGAUAUUUCAAUCCUGUCGUGCAGCUCGUUCAGUUAUUACAAUGCGUUUCACAAUUACAGGAUUUGAUGGAUUUUAUAAGCACGACGAAAUCAUUUGAUUUGUUAAACCCUAUGCAGAUCAAACGACUCGUUUUGAAUUAUCGAUAUGAAGUAUCUGAGAGUAAAUUGAAGGAAGAGAUUGAAAAGUACACGAUGCAAAUAGCAGAAGAUACGGUCAAGAGUAUUCAAAGUGAACAAAGCCAAGAAAGGAGGUCAUCUAUUGAAAGUCGACCGAAUAGUAUCUCGAGUUUAGGUAGUUUAUUACAGAGCAUGUCACAGCAAAAGAACAAUCGAAAAUCACAAUUAUCCAUGACGAGUAAUUCAUCAGAUACAGAUAGCUACAGCCAUGAUCAUGAGAAUGAAGAAACCAACUGCGUCUCAGAAAAGAAGGAUUCUAAAUAUAUGCUACCAUUUUCAUUACCAACCACCACCAAUAUGGUUCAUUCGGGCUGGGCUAAAAACAAACAAGAUAAUGAUGAUGCAUUGGACUAUAACAGUAUGAGUUUAUCUGAUACCAUCUAUUUUGAAUUAAAGACUAAAUUAUCUGCAGAAAGAGAGAAAAAUGCAAGAGAAUCCAGUAUCAUUCCUUCAAUACCAGAAGAAUGGCUCGAACGAUUAGACCAUCAUUCUGGUCAAUAUUAAACUCCCUGUUUGUAAUCUUCUUUUCCCCUUAUUAUUAUGAUUUCCAAUUGCAUUUCCCCUUUCACUGUGUAACUGUAUAC